GGAGGCGCCGCGUGCGAGGAAGUCGCCGCUUUUUUAGACCAAUGGUGGAGAGCAACGCAACUUUAGCGGGGAAUUCGGUCGCUGCCUUCGGACGAUCGGUUCGCGGGAAAGAUAAGCGGCAGCGACACGGACUAAACAGACCACGAGCGAGCGAUCGGAGGAGCUUCUUCGUAACAUUUAGUUGAUAUUAGAUCUGCGGAUCUUCUGUUGAGGUGGAGGGAUGCUGUUCAGCUCUAUUGUGGACAGAGGCGUGGGCAGGCGGAGGCAGAAUGCCCUCCCUGCAGGUCCUAUCCAUCCCUUGAGCUCUCUGCUGCAGGGCUUUAAGUGUGUCCGCCACGAUGAACACAUCUCCUACGGGAACCUGGGUGAAUCGGUGCCACCGUUUGGAUUAGCGUUUUCCUCAGCUGGGAACCUGCAAAAUAUCCUGGCAGCAGCUAAUGAAGAAGGCAUUGUUAGGAUCUAUAACACAGAGAGCCGGGAUAAUACGCUCCUUAAAGAAUGGCUGGCUCAUGAGAAUGCGGUCUUUGACAUCGCCUGGGUACCAGGAGAGUCUCAGCUGGUGACGGCUGCAGGUGAUCAGAUGGCCAAGCUGUGGGAUGUGAAGACAGGAGAUCUGCUGGGUAGUUUUAAGGGCCACCUUUGCAGCCUUAAGUCUGUUGCAUUCACACCACAGGAGAAAGCCGUUUUCUGUACUGGAGCCAGAGAUGGGAAUAUUAUGGUCUGGGACACUAGGUGCAGCAAAAAAGAUGGUUUCUACAGACAAGUGAAACAGAUCAGUGGGGCUCACAACAAAGCUGAGACCAACCCUCUCUCUAAAGCAAAGAAGCGACGGAGCUGCAUGCGCGGCAUGGCUCCCAGUGUGGACACCCAGCAGAGUGUGACGGUGGUUUUGUUUCAGGAUCAACACACCCUGAUCUCCUCCGGGGCUGUCGAUGGAGUAAUAAAGAUGUGGGAUUUGAGAAAGAACUACACUGCCCACCAUCAGGAUCCUGUUCCAUUACAGUUGUACCAGUACCCGGGUUCCUGCACACGUAUGCGACUGGGUUAUUCAGGACUUGUUCUGGACUCAAGAAGAGCCAAUGUCAUGUGCAACUGCACAGAUGAUAAUAUCUACAUGUUUAAUGUCAGUGGAGUAAAAACAACUCCAGUGGCAGUUUUCAGUGGCCACCAGAACUCUUCAUUUUAUAUAAAGUCCUCUAUCAGCCCAGAUGAUCAGUUCUUGGCCAGUGGGUCAAGUGAUAAUCACACAUACAUAUGGAAGAUCUCUGAUCCUCAACAUCCUCCCAUGAUACUUCAGGGGCAUAGUGAGGAAGUGACGUCUGUUGCAUGGUGCCCAACAGAUUUUACCAAGAUUGCUUCCUGUUCUGAUGACCACACAUUUCGGAUUUGGAGGCUUCACCGGGAAACGGAUGGAACGGAGUCUGCAGUGGGUGAUGGCAACCUUGUGGGCUGGGCACAGCCGAAGUCUCCCACAAGACCUUCCAUCAGAGUUGAGACGACUCCUGCAAAAGUCCAGAGGACAGAGAGUCUUGGAGGCUUGGCCUCACCUCAGCUGGCUUCCUGUGCUCCCAGUGGGGCUGCCCUGCCUCUGCCCUCCAGCACCACUUCACCUAUUUCGCCUCAUGCUCCCAAGGCUGCUUCUGUUUGCCGAACAACACCGUCUUCUAUCAAGCAAUGGCUUGUCCCGAGCCACGGAUCUCCUGAUCAGAACAACCCUCAUCCCAGCAGGGUGCUCAGCCCUUGUUCCCAGAGUGUGUUGAGCAGCACGUCUCCCACUGACCGACGAGUCAAACGCAGGCUGGAGACCAGUGAUGGUCCAUCUGCAAUCUGUGAAGAAGCAGAAAAGUGUGACUGUGCUGCUGAAAUUUACCCUGUAUCAAAGAAAAGCCGGGUUGUAUCUGGUAUCUGCUGUAAUUCUCAGGAGGACCAGGUCCAAACAGACUAUCACAUAGAGGACAAGGAAGCCUCAUCUAGACAAACUGGCAAGGAGAAUUUAUCCCCCAGUCAGAAAGACUGGUUGUCUGUGAUGGGCCAGAAGCUGAAGAAAGGUCAAGGAAGCCCUUAUGCCCCAAGAAGUCCCAGUUCCUCUAAGAAACAAGAGGGCAAGAGGCCAACUUCUCCAACAAUUCGCUCACCACAAACCAUGAAGAAAAUCUCUGUGUAUUUCCCCAAAACAUCUCUUGAGUGACUUCCUUUUUAAAAGGGUGUUUUUAUUUAGGAUAUUUUAAGGUGGCCCCACAGGCGAUAAACCUUUUAAAUUGUCCAGAUUAGCACAAACAUGGACAACACAGAUUGGCAAAUCCUUCUGAUUAUAAAAUGUUACAGUUUAAACACCCACAGUUUUUUUUUAUUGCUUCAAUGACAUCAUAGUUUUUGCUGUUAUGCCAUUAUGUCACAUGUGAUUCUAUGCAUUUAACUGAGAAAUUACAUUAUAAAUCUCAAAAGUGAGACCCGGUCGUCAGGGAGAAUUUACUUCGGCGAUAGUUCUUCUCAACACGGUCAGCGGAGGUCAAACAAGGAUUAAAAGACACCCGAAGACAAGUUUUUGGGGCGUUAUAACGGAAAAACUAAACGAAUUUACGGGAAAACUACGUUUUGUAACCUUUUUUCCCCUCUAAAACUGUUUUUCUACACGAGAGAGCGUGACCAGGUAUUAAUCCUGCAGAGAAAUGUUUUUGUCCUUGUGGAGUUUUUUAUUCUGUAAAAAAGAGAGAGAAACAAUGUUUAAUGUUGUUCUCAUUUAAAUUCUUCUAUAAAAUUUGCUUAUUACAGUUACUACUCGUGUUUACGUCUACAGAGUUUUUGUCAUGCGCUGAUUUUGCUUUUGUUUUAUGUUGCACAAAAUCUUUAGCAAAUCUUCACGUCGUUUACAUGUACAAAAUAUCCAGUAAAUGUUUCUUUGUUAGUUCAUAUUUAAUUGACUCAGAUUUGCUGUUUGUUUUUUCUUUUAUUAAAUUUAAAACAGCUUACAAUG